UGCCCGACAUAUAGUGCCCAACACAAUCAUACGCAGCGCUUCCACUGUAACGCCAUCACCUUCCCUUCUAUAGCCCGCCCUCAGAGCCCCUCGAAGCCGUCGCCUCCGAUGGCGAUUUCCCAGUCUUCACUCCCUGUCUGGUUCCCUGGCGUCUUUCACAGCUCCCCUUCUCAGCCCGGUCCACCUCUCCCGUCCCUCUCCCUCGUUAAGCCGUCUCCGGUGCCGGUGCUGCGCACCCUCAACCGGGGAGUGAGAAUUCAGCCACCAAGGGCGGCCAGGGAAGAUUCCAUGUCCGCGAUCAUCUCCGACCUCGAGCUCCAGAAGACAGCAGAGCAAGUGGAUACCCGCCAGCCGCAGGACGGUCUAGCCAACCGGUGGCGCGUGAUCCACGGCCGCGACGACUGGGCUGGCCUGCUGGACCCGAUCGACCCCCUCCUUCGUACGGAGCUCAUCCGCUACGGCGAGUUCGUGCAGGCCUGCUACGACUCGUUCGACUAUGACAAGUUCUCCCGCUACUGCGGCAGCUGCAAGUACAGCCGCCGCCAGUUCUUCUACAGCCUGGGCAUGGAAAGCGCCGGCUACGACGUUACCAGGUACCUCUACGCCACCUCCAACGUCAAGGUGCCCAAGUUCUUUGCCAAGUCCGUCAUGGGCUCCCGGACGUGGAGCGAGCGCGCCAACUGGAUCGGCUACGUCUCGGUGUCCAACGACGAGACCACCGCCCGGCUGGGGCGCCGCGACAUCCUGAUCGCGUGGAGGGGGACGGUGACGCGGCUGGAGUGGAUCCACGACUUCAUGGCCAAGAUGCAGCCGGUGAGAUCUGCGGGGAUCCCCUGCCCGGACACCCGGGUCAAGGUGGAGACCGGCUUCGUUGACUUGUACAUCGAGAAGGACUCGACGUGCCGGUUCUGCAAGUACUCCGCUAGGGAGCAAGUGCUGACCGAGGUGAGGAAGCUGGUGGCCCAGUACACCGAGGCCGGGGAGGAGGUGAGCAUAACGGUGGCGGGGCACAGCCUCGGCAGCGCGCUGGCGACGCUGAACGCGUACGACAUCGCGGAGAUGGAGCUCAUCAAGGGGGCCGACGGGAAGCAGGUGCCGAUGGCGGUGUUCUCAUACGGGGGGCCGAGGGUGGGCAACGAGCACUUCAAGGAGCGGUGCGACAAGCUGGGGCUGAAGGUGCUGCGGGUGGUGAACGUCCACGACAAGGUGCCCACGGUGCCGGGCGUGCUGAUCAACGAGCACAUGCCGGAGUUCAUGCUGAGGGCGAUGGACGGGUACGUUCACGUCGGGGUGGAGCUGCUUCUGGACCACAAGCACUCGCCCUUCCUCAAGGACUCCCUCGACCCCUCCAACUACCAUAAUUUGGAAGCCCAUCUCCAUCUCUUGGACGGAUUCCAGGGGAAGGGUCGGAAGUUUGCACCGACCACCGGGCGAGACCCGGCGCUGGUGAACAAGUCCUGCGACUUCCUACACGAGCAUCUCAUGGUGCCGCCCAACUGGAGGCAGGACGAGAACAAGGGCAUGAUGAGGUCUCAGGAAGGGCGAUGGGCGCAGCCCGAGAGGCAAAAGAUUGAUGACCACCCGGAGGACAUCCACCACCACUACCAGCAGCUUGGACUGGAUCGAUUUGAGUAGUACUACUACAAGCAGAAGCAGCAACAAGAAGAAGAAGAUACAAGGAUGACCUGCACGCACAUGCUGAUCGAUGGAUGACUUGGUGUGGGCCGUGUCAUUCUCGAUCGUAUAUACAUGUAUUGAAUUCCAACUAAGUCGUAGUUUUAAGUAAUGCAAGAUGCUGUGUAUAGGUGUGUUAAGACGAGGACAUGCAGCUGUAACGUCCGAUAGUAGAUGAUUACGAGUCUUGGAUUUGAUUUCAGAUA